UUCGACGGCUUUGUGAUUAACAAAUAUUGGAUAUAAGAGAGAUCGGUAACCUUUACAACAAAACACUGCCAUCAUGCAGUCCUUUAAAGCCGACGAACUGCCGGAGAAUCCCCGGGAAACGGCGAAUCCCAUAUCCUCAUUAAUGUUUUGUUUUGUUAUGCCAACAUUUUUCAAAGGACGCAAAAAAGUUUUGGAUGAAACCGAUCUCUACAGAGCAUUAAAGGAGCACAAAUCAGAUACAUUGGGUCACAAACUAUCCGAAGCAUGGGAGGAGGAAUGCAACAAAAAACAAAUGAAACACAAAGAACCAAGUCUUCUGAGGGCGGUUCUAAAAGUAUUCGGUUUACGAUUCGCCACCUUAGGUUUUGUUUUAUUUAUUCUAGAAAUAGGUUUACGUGUUACUCAGCCAUUAUUUUUGGGCGGCCUGGUAUCGUACUACGCCAAACCUGAAAAUAAUGAUAGUAGCGAUCUAUCCACAGCGUAUCUAUACGCUCUGGGUGUGAUUCUAUGCAGUGCCAUCAAUGUCCUGUUCAUGCAUCCUUACAUGUUAGGCAUACUUCACGUGGGCAUGAAGAUACGCGUGGCCAUGUGUAGCAUGAUAUAUCGUAAGGCGCUACGUCUGAGUAAGACCGCACUGGGCAAUACCACGUCUGGUCAGGUGGUGAAUCUAAUAUCGAAUGAUGUCGGCCGUUUGGAUACAUCAAUGAUACAUAUGCACUAUUUGUGGUUGGGGCCAAUUGAAAUUAUCAUUAUAACAUUUUUGAUGUAUCGAGAGAUUGGCGUCUCAUCCCUAUUCGGUGUAGCCAUUAUGAUACUAUUUCUGCCGCUACAAGCCUACUUAGGCAAAAAGACUUCAGUUUUACGUCUACGCACUGCCCUGCGCACCGAUGAACGUGUUCGCAUGAUGAACGAAAUCAUAUCCGGCAUUCAGGUGAUCAAAAUGUAUGCCUGGGAAAUACCAUUUGGUAAAAUGGUCCAAUAUGCCCGUCUCAAGGAGAUGAAUGCCAUUCGCUACGUCAAUUACAUUCGUGGUAUUCUGCAAUCGUUCAUUAUGUUCCUGACUCGCAUAUCUGUCUUUGCCAGUCUGGUGGGCUAUGUACUUUUAGGAAAACUGCUGACGGCCGAGAAGGCAUUCAUCAUUACGGCUUUUUACAAUAUUCUGCGAAACACUAUGACCAUUUACUUUCCCAUGGGUAUAUCGCAAUUUGCCGAGACAAUGGUAUCGUUUAAACGUAUCCAAAAGUAUAUGAUGCACGAAGAGACCAAGGUACGGGACAGAUCACAGGAUGUGGAUUGUGAAAAUAAUAAAUUGCAGCCAACGGCAAUUAUCGAGGAAAAUGGUAAGACCAUUGGCAUGAAUGGCAUUAUGAAGCCGAUGACAAUUGUGGGUAAUCAUCAUCCCCAUCAUGUGGAGGCUAGUGUGAGUAUUAACAAAUUGAAGGCUAAAUGGGAUCCACAGGCAACGGAAUACACCUUGGAAAAUAUCGAUUUGAAAAUAAAGCCACGUACCUUGGUGGCUGUAAUUGGGCCAGUGGGUUCAGGAAAAUCAAGUUUAAUUCAAGCCAUACUGGGUGAACUUCCUGCCGAAACGGGUUCGGUAAACGUAAGCGGCACAUUGUCAUAUGCCUCCCAGGAGCCCUGGCUAUUUACUGGUACGGUGCGUCAGAAUAUCUUGUUCGGUUUACCAAUGGAUAGGCAGCGCUAUCGCACAGUUGUCAAGAAAUGUGCUCUCGAACGUGAUUUUGAGUUAUUGCCCUUUGGCGACAAGACAAUUGUGGGCGAGCGCGGUGCUUCUCUGUCUGGUGGUCAGAAGGCCCGUAUCAACUUAGCCAGGGCUGUGUAUCGCAAGGCCGAUGUCUAUCUGCUCGAUGAUCCGCUGAGUGCCGUCGACACUCAUGUUGGGCGCCAUUUGUUUGAUCAAUGUAUGCGUGGUUUCCUACGCGAUGACAUUGUCCUUUUGGUUACUCACCAGCUACAAUUUUUGGAACAAGCCGAUCUUAUUGUCAUCAUGGACAAGGGUAGAGUAAGUGCCACGGGAACAUUUGAGUCGAUGCGUAAAAGUGGUUUGGAAUUCUCCAAACUUUUAAUGCAAGCUGAUAAGAGUGAAGAUACGGGAAGUGUAAAGGGAACAAAUGGUGAUGUAUCAGAAAGACAGGCACUGUCACGACAAAACAGUAAAAUGCGUUCGCGACAAGACAGUGUGUCAUCGAUGGGUUCUGUGGCUGAAUCUGCACAAGGCGAUGCACCCAAACAGGUUCAGGAAACCCGCGAAGAGGGUAAAAUCGGUUUGAAACUUUAUAAGAAAUACUUCGGAGCAAGUGGAGGAUAUUUCCUGUUUGCAAUUAUGGCAUUCUUUUGUAUUGGAGCUCAAGUUCUGGCCUCAGGAGGAGAUUAUUUCUUGUCGUAUUGGGUCAACAAAAAUGGACAAACCCAAAGUACGGUUACCGACUAUUAUCGCCGACCCGAAAGACGCUUGGACAACAACUCAGAUCCUGUUGACCUUUACAUUUUCACUGGCAUUAAUGUUUCGGUUAUCGUAUUUGCUCUGCUACGUUCCCUGCUCUUCUUUACGUUGGCCAAACGAUCCUCCACCAAUUUGCACAACACCAUGUUCAAUGGUGUCACGCGAGCCUCAAUGUAUUUCUUCAAUACAAAUCCUGCAGGUCGUAUUCUAAAUCGUUUUGCCAAGGAUUUGGGUCAAGUCGAUGAAAUAUUGCCCGGUGUAAUGAUGGAUGUCAUACAAAUCUUUUUGGCCAUUUUGGGUAUUGUUGUGGUCCUGUGUAUUGUGAACCCAUGGUAUCUGUUGGCCACAGCCUUGUUGGCUGUUAUUUUCUAUUUUAUGCGUUCCUUCUAUUUGAACACGUCGAGAGAUGUUAAGCGUCUGGAGGCAAUAACCCGUUCCCCUAUUUACUCACAUUUGGGUGCCUCCUUGAAUGGCCUCUCCACCAUUCGAGCAUUUGGAGCUCAACAAAUUUUAAUCGAGGAAUUUGAUAAUUAUCAGGAUCUCCACAGUUCCGGCUAUUACAUGUUCUUGUCGACAAGUCGUGCCUUUGGUUAUUGGCUCGAUUGCUGCUGUGUCCUCUACAUUGCCAUCAUCACAUUAAGUUUCUUCCUCUUCUCACCGAAAAAUGGUGGCGAUGUGGGUUUAGCCAUUACCCAAGCCAUGGGUAUGACCGGUAUGGUUCAAUGGGGUAUGCGUCAAUCUGCCGAAUUGGAAAAUAACAUGACAGCUGUUGAACGUGUCAUCGAGUAUGAAGAUCUGGAGCCAGAAGGUGAAAUGGAAUCGCCACCGAAUAAGAAACCACCCAAGACAUGGCCCGAAGAUGGUCAAAUAGUUUUCGAUAAUUUAAGUUUGCGUUAUUUCCCUGAUCCCAAGGCGGAAACGGUAUUGAAAAAUCUAAAUAUUUCCAUACAAGCAAGGGAAAAAAUCGGCAUUGUGGGACGUACAGGAGCGGGUAAAUCAUCGCUUAUUAAUGCCUUAUUCCGUUUGUCGUACAACGAUGGUUCGGUGAUCAUUGAUAAACGUGAUACCAAGGAAUUGGGUCUGCACGAUUUGCGUAGCAAAAUAUCAAUUAUACCCCAAGAGCCUGUGCUGUUUUCGGGAACAAUGCGUUACAAUUUAGAUCCAUUUGAUGAAUAUGCAGAUGCUAAACUGUGGAAAGCGUUAGAGGAGGUCAAACUAAAAGAUGUUGUCAGUGAAUUACCCAGUGGAUUACAAAGUAAAAUAUCUGAAGGUGGUACCAAUUUCUCUGUUGGCCAACGACAGCUGGUCUGUCUAGCCCGUGCCAUUUUAAGAGAAAAUCGUAUUUUAGUAAUGGAUGAAGCCACUGCCAAUGUAGAUCCACAAACAGAUGCCUUAAUUCAAACCACCAUACGUAAUAAAUUUAGACACUGCACCGUUCUGACAAUAGCUCACCGUUUACACACCGUCAUGGAUUCGGAUAAAGUUCUUGUAAUGGAUGCCGGCAGAGCUGUAGAAUUUGGUUCACCAUUUGAGUUGUUGACACAGAGUAAAACAAAUGUAUUUUAUGGGAUGGUCAAACAAACUGGCAUUUCCACCUUUGAUAGUCUAUUGAAAGUUGCACAAAAGGCCCAUGAGGAGAACUUAAAGGCCAAAAAAGAUCCUUGACAUUUCGUUCAAGUACCCAAAGUAUUUAAGGAUUAUAUAUUAAAAAUAUUAGAGCCCAUAACAAAUCAUCCGGCAAAUGCUAAAAUACAAAAGACACUGUUUUUUGAAAAUGCAACAAAACCAAAAUUCUUAGGCUAACAUUCAGUUUAU